AUGUCGCAUUUGACGGCUGAGACCUCCAGUGUCGAGUCGAAAGUCUGUUCUGGAUGUCGGAACGUCGUGUACUGCAGCGAGGGAUGUCAGAUUGCCGAUUGGGUCCAUCGACACCACUACGAGUGCGACGGGAUGCGGCACCAGCGACUUGCCCGCGUCGAAGAUGGGCUGGACUACACACCCAAGCUCCGGCACUUGCACACCCGCUUCACAUGGAUGUACUUCCUUCGAGCCGCGUCCUCACUUGAAGAGCACUACCACCGACUCCGGAAUAUCUCGUCCAUCCAAGAUAGUACCUCCUCCACCCAGAACACCAAUAGCUACUCUGGCACCCCCAGCCCCACCUCAGAAUUCAUCGCCGUCCUCGACACGACCAUGAACCUCCUCAACGCGCCUGCUAUCCCGGCGCUCUCCUCCAUCAGAGUCGUAGACCUCGACGUGUACGCGGAGAGGAGGAAGGUUGCGACGGUGGAGGGGUGCGUGUUUGGGGAGGCGAGGUGUAAGGCGUUGGUGGAUGAUGUGAGGAGGGAGGGGAGGUCGGAGAACGACAAGGACAAGUGCUUCAGCUUGGACGACUCGCGCUACCAAAACAGACAAUCCGCCGCCGACUCGGACGACCACUGUAACUACCGCCUCAUCGAAUCCAUCUUCACGUACAACCACCAAUGGCGUAUCUGCGUCCUCGCGGAAAUGAGGAGGGGGUACCCGCCGUAUGAUGUGACGGUGUGGGUGCCUGGGAGGAGUUUUGUGAGGUUUGAGUGA